AUCCAAGCAGGGCAGAGCUGCCCGGAUGUAUAUAAAAGCCUGUAACAUCUGAAACAUGUCAGUAGUUUUAGUUUCAUAGCGCGAGAAACGUUUUAUCGAUAGCCCAAGAACACAAACAAAAAUUUAUUGGGACAAGAAAACAUUAAGAACAAUAAGAAAUGAGGGGAUUGAUAGUAAUUUUUUUGGCAACAAUUUUAUCGAAAACAAACUGUUUAGAAGACCCCGAUCUUUUGAAACAUUGCGGAGAUGCAAAAGCUUUAGCCUUAGGAUUAUCACCAUCAUCGGGAUAUUAUCAACAACCAAUCGUUCAAACAUACCAGAUAACAGCACCAAAACAAGUACAAAUUACAAAAACCAUACCAUUUUAUCCAUCAUAUCAAACAAUUUCCCAACAAGAUCUUCAUUUACCACAAAUAACCACAAAAAAUGCACAAAGUUAUUCUGUAACGGACGGUUUAUCAACGUAUUCCGAUAAAAUCACUUUAAACAAUUUGAUAUCAACCCCAAAAAUUCAAGAACAAGAUGGUUAUUUAGAUGGAUCUGGAAAAGAUGGAUCUUCUUAUGUUGAAUAUUCUGGGCCAGUUGUUAAAGAUUCAACACCGAUUUAUGUAAAAAGUUAUGGAUCAAAUUAUGGAUCUGAGUAUUCCGCGUUAAAUUAUCACAAACCCCAAUCGAUUUCUUUAAUCCCAACCGAUUCUAAUCUUUAUGAACAUGGAUAUCAAAAUUCUAAUGGUGGGAAAUCAAAUUCCUACAACAUCAAUCUUAGAAAAUCAAGUGGAUUGGUACAAGUUGGAGGAUUAGGAAGUUAUGGAGGAAAUUAUGGAAAUAAUUACGGAGGAAAUUAUGGAGUUGGUUUAGAAUAUUCUGGAAAUGGCAAAUCAACAUCAUACAGCAUCUCUAAUUUGAAAAUUGGAAAAUCAAAUGGGCUUCAAUUGGGAACUGGAGGUCAUAAUCUUGGCAAUACCGGAGGAAAUUAUGGCGCAAACUAUGUAGGAAAUUAUGGCGGAUAUUAUGGAGGAGGAUUAGGUUAUACAGUUGAUGUUGGAAAAGAUUUAUCUUCCGGAAUUGGUAAAGCAACAUCUUACAGCGUUUCAAAUUUGAAAAUUGAAAAAUCUAAUCAUUUGGGAGGAGGACCACAAAGUUAUGGCAGUUAUGGAAAAAGUUUUGGAAGUCAUUCCGGAGGAAGCCCCAUAAUAAAUAAUAUAGGAAUACUUGGAGGAUCUUCUGAAUUAAGCACAGGAAGUCAUUCUGGGGGGAAUUAUCUAAGAGCUAAUAUUGGGACUAAUUCUGGUCCUACAGGAGGAAAUUACCUAAAAAAUCUUGCUGGAGAUUAUAAAUCAAGCUACGGACUCGGGGAUUACGCCGAAAACUCAAAAUAUUUAUCUGGCGGAGGAAAAGCAACUUCUUACAGCGUAUCUAACUUAAAAAUUGAAAAAACUGGAUUAAAAGGUAUCGGAGGAAGUUACGGAUCUGGAAAUAAUUAUUACGAAGGUAAUAACGAUAUUCAGCUACAAAAUGGCAGUGGAAAAGGAAAAGUUUUAUUAAAAAACAAUGGUUACUACGAUGCCCAUCCAAAAUAUGCAUUUGAAUAUUCCGUUCAUGACACCCACACGGGUGAUAUAAAGGAGCAAAAAGAACAAAGGGAUGGCGAUGUUGUUAAGGGACAAUAUUCUCUUGUUGAACCGGAUGGAAAUGUAAGAACCGUAACUUAUCAAGCCGAUUGGGAAACUGGAUUUCACGCUCAAGUACACAACUCAAAGAAAAAUUAAUUUUUUAACUUACUUUUUUAAUAACAUUCUUUUUAUCACUAGUCUAAGAAUUUUUUACGCUACAUUUUUCGGUUGGAAAAAGAAUUAACUUUAAAUGUGAUAUG